ACGUUUUUCUUUAAUGUGAUAAUCUGAACAAUGUAUGGCAUUGUCUUCUAUGUUUGACACCUGCGGGCUCUGUACUUUAAUGCGAACUAUGCACAGUUGUGUCCACAAACUGGAACAGCCCGAGGGUAAGUAAGUCGCUGUUUUACCGGCCCGAGUACAAAUCGUCCGUCUGUGAGCUCAAAUGUUACUAAUCCCUAGUCGUUGAGAAAGGCACGGAAACCGAACUAUCGAAAUAGCUGUAAUAGGUGUUGUUUAUGUUGAGAGCCAAAGCUGAUUUUUAAAUUUGCGGUAAAUUACGCAAGCCAUUCACAAACAAACUACAGGGUUAGGUAUAAGGAAGCUAUGGGGAGAUAACGUCAUCGGUAAAACUAGUAAAACUACUCCGAGGCGUGCGUGGGUAGCUGAUAGCUUGUUACCGGAAACAUUGUUCUAUAUCUGACAGGAAACGCGUCGUAACCGAUCGAGUAGGGACAUCUUUUCUGCCAGUCUCUCUCUUGCUGCCUCUCUCUUCGGCCGCCAUGGCCGCGACAAGUCAACCAGGUGUUUCCCCCGACCCUGUAUUUGACGAGGUGGACCCCGUAGUCUCCGCCUCGACUCUCGGUACGGUGGAGCUCAUCGCCCGGCAAGACUACACGAAGGGCGCGGUGGAGGUCACAGUGGUGAGGGCGUCUUUAGAAGACAAGGAGCGAUACAAGAGUGUCAACCUUUACGUCACAGUUGAACUCGGAGGCACUGUUCUGACGACUAAAGUCACCAGGCAAACUUACACCCCGAUGUUCAACGAUACGUUCCAGUUCGAGUCGACCAAGAUCACGUAUGACUCAGUCUUACACGUUAAAGUCAAAAGUUUCAGAAUGAUCCAUAAGGAUCCACUGAUAGGGGAGCUGAGUCUGCAUCUGGGUGACCUGGACAUGGGGAAAGUUCAGCAGUACCAACUGAAAACGCCCAAAAUUAGUGAAACUACAGAAGAACCACGUUGCACUGAUGAUCUGAACACCAGCAAAACUGACGAAAAUGACUUGCAGCAACUGGUGUCAACUACGGAUGGACCGCGGAAGAUAACGGAGUCCAAGUCAUCUUUAUUUGGUUUUACGAUAAGUAAAGUGAAGGACCUGCACGCCGCUGCUUUGGUGGGAGACAUCGGAAAAGUCAACAAGUACCUGGAAGCCGGACAUGACGUCAACGAGAUGAAAACCAUGCGACUGUUUCCUCAACAUCCAGACGAUGUAGUCAGUGAACACGAGUUUCAGGGUGUGACGCCGCUGCACUGCGCGGUGAUUGCUGGGAAUGCCAAGGUCGUUUCCCGCCUUCUCCAGUCGGGUGCCGACCCACUCGUGCGCAGUAAGGAUCUCCAGUCACCCAUGCACACUGCUACCUGGUUCGGUCACCACAACAUCAUCGAGACCUUGCUGCUAAAGUACGAAGUGGAGUACCAACAAAAGAUGAAGAAGGAGGGACUAGCCGGUCCUCUGUCCACGUCUACUGCCCGACUUCUGUACUGGGUGGAUCCAACCAUUCGUGAUGAUCUGGAAAACAUGGUGUGGAAUGCAGCGAUGGUUGACAACGUGGCUUUCCUGAAUGUGCUAGUGGGACAGCUGCAAUGGACGGUGGAAGAUCUCACUAUCAGAGACUUUGAAGGGAAUACACCACUGCACAUCGCCGUACACCAGAGGUAUCAGUCGAAGAAGUUCGCUCAGGCGCUGCUGGAUAUGAACUCAGACCUCCUCCAGGAGAGGAACAACGCCGGGCAGACUGUGUUGAACGUGGCCGGGAAUGACAUGAAGUAUACACUGAUGGGCACGGCAAAACGCGUCGGGAGCCUAAAGAGUGACAGUCACUUCGAAGAGGACUCCCUAGGUUACCGGGUGUAUGCCAAAACUGUUGCCGAUAUCCUGACGGACGAGUCCACCACCAUGCCCAUCACUGUGGGAAUCUACGCGCGCUGGGGGACAGGCAAAUCCUUCAUCCUCAACCAAGUCAAAAGUGAGAUUGAUGCAAACAUAGCAAAAGCGAAUAAGCUACGAAAGGUUGAAGAGUACAACACAAGGAUGACAAACAAAAGGAAGAGGUCAACACCCGUUCCACCACUGCCUUUCGCGUCAUGUGCGACCUGCUGGGCCUUCCUGCUAUUCAUUGGAGUCGUGGUAGGUGGCGCCCUGUCCUACUUCUUGUACCCCGCCAUCUUCAACAUUGUACUGAUCGUCGGUACGAUUUUCACCGUCUGCACCUCCGUGAUGGUUGGCUAUCUGAAGAGGAGGGAUCUGAAGCGGAUUUUGCUGACGCUGUUUCCCGGAUUGCGCUGGACAAAGAGACACAUUCAGCUGAUUGGAAUCUGGCUGGAUCUUAUAGAAUCGCCGGAUCUGGAGACGGAUCCUCCCAACGCGGGACACGUGAAGGUGAUCCACGUGCAGUUCAACGCCUGGGAGUACUCGGGCUGCUCGGCGCUCUGGGCAGGGAUCGUCACCAAGCUGUGUGACGAAGUGGAGGGAGAAAUCGGCCCGUGGACCACCCGGCUGUACCGCGCCAUCCACGACAAGUUCAUGUCGUCUGAGAGACCGCCGGUGACGGGGAGACUGUGGUUUAAGUUGCUGAUCACGACGGUUCUGGGGACUGUAAUGAUUGUGCUGGCAGUUGUGUUUGGCAUUAAAGGAGAUACGCCCCUUCAGAUAGCAACCAGCAUAGUGGAGAUCCUCUGUGGCGUUGUACUCACCGCGGGGUUGUUGAAGAACGCCACCGAAAUCUGGUCCUUCCUCCGGAAGAUCGCGAUCUCCCAGAGAGACCGGCUGAUGGCCCAGACGGCGAAACCCAACUUUGACCAGGAGCUGGGCUUCAUGUCGAAGGUGAAGACAGAAGUGCGGGUGGUGACCUACCUGCUGCGGUACUUUGAGGCAGCCCGCGGGAAGCAGUACCGGGUUGUGGUGGUGGUGGACGAUUUGGACAGGUGCCCGAAGGACAGAGUCACCAAAGUCAUCGAGGCAGUGGGCAUCCUUCUGUCCGAUCCAAACUCCCACUUCAUCUCGCUCCUGGCCGUGGACCCCAGGAUUGUCGUCAAGAGCAUCGAGGAGAGUUUUGGGGAGGUGAUGAAGAACGCCAACAUCAACGGGUACGAGUACCUGAAGAAGAUGGUUCAGUUGCCCAUCUGCCUGCCUGGUCCAGGCGCCGAGGAGACGAAACGUUUCCUGUGGGACACCGCAAAGAUGUCCGCUACCGACCGGAAGGUCAUAGCCGUGCAACGGCAGGAGGCUGGGCAAGCAAGGGCGAACAAGGCAGCAAAAACACUGGUGCUGAACAAGAAAGAGAAAGACGCUAUGAAGAGAGGCCUGCACAAACUUUCUAUCCUGUGGCGUAACGAUGCGACACAAGAGACGUGCUAUGAAUGCAGAUCAGUAUCAGUGGGAAGCACGUCUGAGGAGCAUGGCCACGACAUGACAGGACACGACAUCAGCGACAAGAACCUCUUUCUAACGGAGGCCAUCAGGAGUCUGCAGAAGGACAACGUCGUUCGCUACGUUGCCGGAAACCCACGUCACAUCCGGCGCCUCUUCAACAUUCUGUGCGUUUCAGUAGGAGUUCUGUUCCAGCGAGACAGGCUGACAGGGUUCACGCCCAAACAGGUCGCAAGGUGGGUGCUGCUAGUUGAGCAAUGGCCCUACAGGAUGAGCUGGAUCAUCCAGUACGUCGACGACUUCUUCCAAAGGAGAGAGCUCGGAAGGCACGAGACUCUACAGCGGGGGAUUCAAAUGCACGACAAGCUGGUGGACAUCUUCGUCGAAAGAGUCAAAGUCGAGAUCAGCACUCAGGAAGAAUGGAGCCACCUCAACCCGCUGGACGAAGAUCCCGAAAUGUUCGAGCUCUUCUUGACUUUUGCCAAGUUCACCGUUAAGGACAUGCAAGACCUCCUUCCCUACACCGUCAACCUCGACCUCUCAAUCCGGCAGACGAUUAGUUACGCCAGAGCCCAGACUGACGUCAAAGAGGUUGAACAGAACAAUCAGAUGUUGGCAAGUCUUCUGAACGAAGACGAUUCAACAGCACCUCAAUUCUCGGACCUCCUAAGAAAUGGAAGAAAAGGACCUGGAGUCAUGAAGGUUCCAGACGGAUUCUUCAGUGUGGAGCAAGAGGCAGACAACCUCGGGUCUUCUUCAUCACCACAAGACCGAAACACUGAGACAACAACCGCCCCCAGCAGACGACCACAGGUGCGUCACCACAGCAACCUUCCCAGUCCUGACCCAAACCUUGACGUCAUCGCUGAAGAAUCCCCAGAGGAGGCUUGCAGGGACGUCCAGCGACAGCUGUCUGCGGCGAUGGACGAAUCAGGUGCCGAGAACGAUGACGGGCCUGCCGCGGUAGUCGAAGAUGUCGAGGAAAGCAGCGACGCGGGACCACAAGGACAUGUCAACGGUCAUACCACUGACGAAGACGCGGCAGCUGAUCUAAGAGCAACCGGCGCAAAGACAAAGUCGACCUCACCAGACGACAUCGUUCUGAUCGAAAAUGGAGGGACGCACGACAUGAACGAUGAUGACCGGGAAAGCGACGGGUCACCUCUGCUGAAUCGGUCGCCAUCAUGGACUAACGGGUCCUCGGACGAAGUUCAUGAGGAAGAAGAGGACCAGUCUACUCCACUAUUAAUAGAUCAGACACCAAGAGAGCGCGAAUCAAAUGUGUAGCUGCGCUUAGUAUUGAUAUAGCUGUAGUCACAAUUACAGAGUUACAGAGUUACAAUGACACUGACCAUGAUAGUUUCUAGCUGUCCAUCAACUACACUGACACCCAAAUAUUACUUACAUGUACAUCAAUAUUAGAAAAGUUCAAUUUCCACAGCAGAGGAUACCUUUUUAAGUCUAGGUGUAAACGCAUAAAAAUCAAUGGAAUAGUCACUACUCUGACACCCAAAUACUUACCUCAACAUUAGUUUUGUUCACCGCACAUCAGAGGGCAGCUAUAUAUAUUUUAUGUGAUGUUGCUGAUGUUUUGAUAACGUUUUUUUCUUCAGGCCAUGAUGACAAUGGAAGCACUUGUUAUUUUGCAAAUUAGACUUAUCUUUACCUUCCAAACAAACAGACAAAAUAAGUUGACCAGAAGACUUUUCUUUAAUGCGCAUAGCUUUUAGAAAGCAUUUUAUGACGUUGCUGCUUUUAUACUCCAGCAAUUUUAUAGUGUAUGCACUGUGGUUAUCUUCUGAUCGACAAUUCACAUUUUAAAAAUUGUUUUGGAAACAGCCAUCGGAAACCAAAAGAAUGAUAGAAUCACUGUUUUUAUUGGCUUGUAGUGUUUUUAGAUACAAGCUUGGUAAGUUAGCUUGUGCUGGAGUGUCCUUUUGUUGACUUUGUCGUCAAUAUUUGUUGUACGGUACCUGUUGCCUUGGGUUUUAGUUUAUUGGUGAUAGAACAUUAACUACUAACUAUGCUGGUGUUUGGCUUCACUAUCAUUUCAGAUGACUUCUAAUUGCAAUUUUGUUCUUAAUAAAUACACUACAAGUA